GGCCCUGGAGGGGGUGGCUGCUGCCCCGUGCAUGGAGCAGGAACUUCUCCUUCGGGGCGGGCGGUGGAUGAUGAAACCACAGAGAAAUCUCUCCUGGCAGCAUGCUGGCUGCUCGCGGGAGCCCCCGGGAGUGCGCGUGCUCCCCCCGUGCUGCGGCCUUGCCAUAGUAACCCUAGUGCAGGAGCCAGCGGGGUGCCGGGGGUGGGAGCCGGGCUCCCUUCUCUGCACCCGCCCGGAUCCCCGAGGCAGCGCUGGCGUCCCCCGACAUGCCCCGGGAGCUGCGUGUCCACACCCCGGCGAGCCCCAGGGCGGCCGGAGGACCCAGCGAGGGGCUGGGCUGAGACCCGUCGAACUCGCUUCGUGCCAGGGAGGUGACGCUCGGGUGGCCGCGCGGGCGGUGGGGGAGGUGGCCGUGCCUGCUGCCGGAGCUGUCCCCAGCUGCGGCCGGUGACCUUCAGCGCGCCCAGGGCCCCACCGCGCUCCAUGCCCCGGGUGCAGGCCACCCGGCUGCGUGCACGCCGGUGCCGUGGGGAGCCGCGGGCCCCGGUGCCCCGUGCCCCCAGGGAGCCGCUGGCGUGACUUGGCGGGGCUGUGGGCGGGGGGGGGGACCGAGCCGUGGUGAGGGAAAAUGAAAGCAGGUGAUGCGGAAGGAGAAGUAGGUCAGGCGAGCGCUGGCCUCUCCCGGCAGGCUCGGCUGCGCUGCGUGCUCCGCUCUGCCCUGGCUGUCCCCGCUGCAUCCCCAGGCCCCAUGGGCAGCGGCUGGAGGCAGCGGUGAGUACGGGAUCCUGCCCUGGGGCGCCGGGUCCCUACCGGUGCAGGCGCUGGGUGCUGCCCACCCUGGGUGCCAGUGGGCCGGGGAGCGCAGCUGGGCUCGUGCAGGAGCACGGCGAUGCCUCGGCCGUUCUGCUGCGGUGCUGUCCCCGGCUGUCCCCGUGCCGGGUUCCCCACAGCAGCACUGGGGGCUGUGGUGAGGAUGGGCAGGAAGAUGUUCUGCUCUGGGGGUUGAGAUGGGGAGGGGAAGGGGAUUCCCAUUCCUCUGAGGCCAUGCGGGAGCGAAAUGGCUCGGUGGGGGCAUCCAGGCUGGGUUGCUGCAGGGCUGGGGACAGCGUGGGGACAGCCCCACGUGUGGCGGCCUGGCUCCGUGUCACGCUGUCCCAGCUCCGCUCCAUCGCAGGCACAGGUCAGGGUCUGUCGUGCCCCCUGAGGUGGGGGGGGGGCUGGCCGGGGGUCUCACUGUUGGCGCUGUGCAGGUUGGGGGGGGCUGCGCCGGGCUCAGCCUCGCUGGCAGCACUAAGUGGGCUCGGGGGGGAUUAGGGCCGCCCGCUCCCUCCCUCCCCCAGGAUCAUCCGUGGGCAGCGGGGAGCUGGAGGCAGGCAGCUGCCGUGGGGGCGGAAGCUGGGCUAUUUUGGGGGGCUUAAGGGGGGGCUGUGGGCUGGCACCGACCUUGCUGGGUGACCCCAUGGGGACCAGCCCCAUCCUGGUGCUGGGAUGGAGCACUGGAGCCCAUCCUGCACCAGUUCCAUGGUGCUGGUGUUGUUUGGUUCCCGGGGUGCUGUGAGGACAGGGUCCCGCAAGGGGGGAGGAGAUGUCACCAGCCCGUGGCACCCCCCCAGGACCACACGGUGCAGCAGGACCUGGGGGUCUGGCUGUCCUCCAAGGGGCUCCCGUGACUGUCUGCGUGCUUGGGGGUGAGCGGGAGCGGAGCCGCCUGGCCCUGCUCUCCCCAGCGCCGGCUGUCCCACGCUGUAAGGCUGGCGGAAUCUGGUCCUGCUGCCCCCGGCUCUCGGCAGCCAGAACGUGGCUCCUGGGGGCUGUCUGGGACUUGCUGCUGCCCGUGGGGGCCCUGGGCAGGGUGGGGGCAGCCGCCCCACGGAGCGGGCUGGGCUGUGGGACCCAGACCACAAUGGGGCUGCCCACCUCUGCUGGGCCCCUCUUGGCGCUGGCCUGGGUACCGAAGGCCCCGUUUGGAGCCGUGUGAGUGCUUCUCACCCUGGGCGAGCCCAAGCCUCGUCCCCAACCCUUCCCUGCCCCGGCAGAUGCCCGUGGGUGGGUUUCACUCUGCGCUGGGGCGAUCCGACGCAGUGUUUGCUGUUGACCAUUUCCUUCCUGUUCCCCCCUCAAGCUCCGUUUCGGCAACCCCUUCCUUCCUUGCUUCCUUCCUUCUGCCUGCUCCUGCCUCCGCGUGGCCCCUCUCCUCGUGCCACCCCGGCAGGGUGCAGCUGGGGACAGCCGAAGUGUCCGGCCUCGCGUGGCCUCUCCCCUGCCCUUGGGAUGUCCCAGGACAGCCACACUCGGAGCGGGGAGCUCCGGGGUGACCCACAGAGGCCGCACGCCCUUGGCCACCUCUGUCCCAUCCACUGCUGGACACACAGGUGGCAGUGGGGCCGUGUGUCCCAGCAGGUCAGGGCUCCACGUUUUGGGGUGUGGAGUGGGAGAGGUGGAGAUGCCCAUUGGGGUGCUGUGGCUGGAUGUCCGUCCUGCCUCGGGGACAGGGACUGGUGCUGUGCUGGAGCCAGGCCUGGCCCAGGACAUGCCCUGUCCCUGUCCCAUGGGGAAUGGGGGUUUGGGCAUCCCCAGCCGGUGCCAUCAGUGGUGGCACCAGCCACGGUGAGGACGGAUGAGGGUCCCUCCAUCGUUCCCGAAGGCCAGCACCCCGCUUCUUCAGUAGCCCCUUGCCCACUGGGUGGACCGAGAGCUCUGCGGGUGGGCACCCCCCGUGCCCCCCGGCUGGGCAGAGCGGCCCUGUGGGGCUGGCGACGGCGCGUGGGAGGUUGCAACACCCCCAGGGUGGGGGGGCCACGGUGAGUCACCCCCAGCGGGGCCUGGCCACCAGCGGGAACCCUGAGUCAGGGCUGCGUGCCCAUGCCGUGCCCCUCCCUGCCCGCCUCGCCCACCUUAUCUCCCGCCCUUAGCACCUGGCACACCUGGGCCAGGGGGGGCUGGCGCCGUUCCCCUCCUUUAUGGGGAGCAAAGGGCAGGCGGAGGGUUGGCAGGCAGGUGCCACGCUCCCUCCCUCCCGGGGCUGCUGGCGUGGGGCUGUGCCCACUGCCAUGUCCUGCCAGCCCCGAGCAUCGCGGCGUGCUGGGGAAGGCUGCCGGUGCCGCGAGCAACGGGGGCCUGCCCGAUCCGCAGCACGGCUGCGCCCUGCCUGGCGCACGGUGCCCACGAGGGCGAGAUGCUGGCGUGGCUGCUGCCCCUCUGCACGCCUGCUGCCCGCCCGUGUGGUCGGGCUCUUGCACAACACAGCUUGGCUCUUUCCGAGAACGUUGCUGGGGCCAGAGGCCCCCUCCCUGACAGCUGGGGCGGCCGCGAAGGCGCAGUGCUCUUCCCCUUUCUGCCAGGCCUCGUGCCACGGCCAGCGCGGCUCCCGGGUGCUGGCACGGCUGCCCGUGGCCUCAGCCAGGCUUGGGGGGGGAGCAGCCCCUGGCACGGCCCUGGCCAGGCGCUGAGCUGGUGUGGGCGGCCGGGGCGGAUGCUGGGUGCUGGCGGUGGGGUGUGGGGAGCGCUCCUUGGGCUGCUAAUUGCUGUUUAGCCGGGGACGCAGAGGGUGUAAUUAUGGGGGCAUUGCGAGAACCCUAAGCCUGCCCCAGGCAGCGGAGCAGGGGGCUGAGCAGGGGGUGUGGGGCCGGGCAGCGGAGAGCUGAGCCCUGUGGGUGCCCCUGCCUGGGCUGCGGAGGAGACCAAGCGACGGCGGGUGCCUGGGGCCAUCCACAAGCCCCUUCCCUGGGUCACGGCAUGCGCAGCCCUUUGUGCCAGGAUGCUGGUGGCUGGGAUCCCCAUGCCACCCUCUGCUAGGCUGCGGCACGGCGGGACCCGGGGCGCCGCGGUGGUGUCAGGGCUGCCUUUGGGGGCAGAGCGGGACGUGCAUGUGCAGGGAUGGGGGGUGGCUCCGGGGCAGGCCAUGGCACGCCGCACUGAGCCCAGCCCUGCGGUGGCAGCCCCGCUCCCGCCGAGCGCAGGCGCCCUCCUGGCUUGGCCAGGGCCGGCUGCGGCCAGCGGCGAGCUCCCAGCACCCUGCCCUGGGGCAGCGGGAGGGCGAGGGCCCGUCCGAUGCCUCGGCGCGGGGGGCCCAUGUGACGGGGAGGGGAUGCCCGCGGUGCGGGGCGCACGGUGCCAGCACCGCUGGGAAUUUCCUCCGGCAGGAGGGUGCCGGGGCUGCCCCCUGCCCGGUUCCGGGUUGGCGCCCCGGCUGCGGUGCCGGUUGCAGAAGGGUUAAUGCUGUGUGUGUUCUGGGAAGCGGGGCUGGGAGGUGCGUGACCCGGGGUGUGGGCGUCAACUCCUUUUGAGGUGGGAUCCGCGCUGAAGUGCAGCGGGGAGCGGGGCCAAGUUCACACAGCACCCUGCCUUCCCCUCCCUGCCGCUCGCGGGCCGUGGACCCAACGGCGGCGGAGCGCCGAGCCACGCGGGGACACGCGCCAGGUGAGCCGUGCGCCCACCCGCCGCUGGCCACGGUGGAGACGGUGCCGAGUGGCCCUUGGGGAGCCGGCAGGGCCCUGGCACAGCCAGGUGUGGGGAGGGCACCGGGGCACCGGCUGGGAGGCUGCCGGGCCAGCCGGCGGGAUGCUGGUGUCAACCGAGCCCUGCACCGCCCUCGCUGCCACUGGGACGGGGAGGGAUGGGAUGGGUGGCGAGGUGCGGGUCACCUCGGUGUCCCCGCCUGGCAGAGCGGGACCCGUGCCCCAUAGCAGUGGUGCCGGGCGUGCCUCUGCCUGGCAAGGGCAGUGGGGAAGGCUUUGGCAGCAGGAUGAGGCCAUGCUGCCAGGCUGGGGCCCGCGGGCAGGGGGAUGGAGCGGGCUCCCCGCUGCUGGUCUCCACUGCAGGUGCUGGGAUCAGCGGUGGCGAUGCCACCGGGCCGGCCGCGCUGCCACGGCGGGGCUGCCUGUGCCUGGAGCCCGGCCCCGGUGAGGACGAUGGCGAGCCCGGAGGACGACCUCAUUGGCAUCCCCUUCCCCGAGCACAGCAGCGAGCUGCUGAGCAGCCUGAACGAGCAGCGGCAGCUCGGGGUGCUCUGCGACGUCACCAUCAAGACGCAGGGACUGGAGUACCGCACGCACCGGGCCGUGCUGGCCGCCUGCAGCCGCUACUUCAAGAAGCUGUUUGCGGGGCAGGGGCCGGGGCAGGAGGUCUGCGAGCUGGACUUCGUGGGGCCAGAGGCACUGGGCGCGCUGCUGGAAUUUGCCUACACGGCCACGCUCACCAUCAGCAGCGCCAACAUGGGCGAGGUGCUGCAGGCUGCCCAGCUGCUGGAAAUACCGUGCGUGAUCGCUGCUUGCGUGGAAAUCCUACAGGGCAGCGGGCUGGAGGCGCCCGGCCCCGAUGAUGGCGACUGCGAGCGGGCUCGCCGCUACCUGGAGGCCUUCGCCACCCUCCCCGAGGACGAGGUGCCCACCCUGCCACCCGCCCGCCCCGUUGCCCGCCGCAGCAAGAAGACCCGCAAGUUCCUGCAAGCCCGUGGCUCCCGGCUCAACAACCACACCGAGGAGCUGCCCGCCGAGGCCGAGGGGUACGACAGCCCCCUGCCACCUCCCCAGCCGCCCUCGCCCCCGCUGCCCCCCCUGCCUGAGGGCCUGGUCCAGACCUACGAGAGCUACGAGAUGCCCGAGGAGGAGGAGCUGCCCCCGCACCCCUUCCCCUUCCCCUACCAGCCGCCCCUGUCCCCCGAGGAGGCUGGCUCCGAUGAGGAUGCCAUCGACCCCGACCUCAUGGCGUACCUGAGCUCGCUGCACCACGAGUCGCUGGCACCGGGGCUGGAUACGCCCGACAAGCUGGUGCGCAAGCGCCGCUCGCAGAUGCCCCAGGAGUGCCCCGUCUGCCACAAGGUCAUCCACGGCGCAGGCAAGCUGCCCCGCCACAUGCGCACGCACACGGGUGAGAAGCCCUUUGCGUGCCAGGUCUGCGGGGUCCGCUUCACACGGAACGACAAGCUGAAGAUCCACAUGCGCAAGCACACGGGCGAGCGGCCCUACUCCUGCCAGCACUGCAGCGCCCGCUUCCUGCACAGCUACGACCUGAAGAACCACAUGCACCUGCACACGGGCGCCCGGCCCUACGAGUGCAACGUCUGCCACAAGGCCUUCGCCAAGGACGACCACCUCCAGCGGCACCUCAAGGGCCAGAACUGCCUGGAGGUGCGGACGCGCCGCCGCCGCCGCGACGAGCCCCCGCCGCCGCCCGCCGGGCCCCCGGGGCUCGACCUCUCCAACGGGCGCCUGGACGGGCUGCGGCUCUCCCUCGCCCAUUACUGGGGCCCGGCGAGGCCCGACGAGGAGGAGGAAGAGCCCGAGCCCGAGCCCGAGCCGGAGCCCGAGGAGGGGCCGCAGCCGGACGGCGCCGUGCCCGUGGAGACGGCGUAGGAGCCGCCGCGGCCGCCCCGACGGAGCACGCCGGGGGGCGGCGGGCCGAGCCGAGCCGGGCCGGGCCGUAGCGAGCCGAGCUGAGCCGGGCCGGGCCGU